GCAUCAAGCAGUGAGAUCAUUCGUGUUAUAAAUAUCUCCUUGCCAGCGGAACUCCUCUCUACUCCAGCGAGCGAGCGCGAGCGACCAGGGUAAUGCCCACCAGAGCUGCAAGUGCAUGCGUGCGCGCACGGUUCCUCGUGCAGACGACCCGAGACCGACGCAAAAAUGCUGGAAGUGGACUCCUAGCGCGCAAAAAGUGUUCCGUCGCGGAAGAAUGAAUGUUCCUCUCUACGUUGUUCUCUUCGCUCAGCUGAUUCGCGCCGCUGCUGUGACUGGAUCUAUCCGCGUUUCCCCGGAGCAGCAACUGCUGGAGGCUAGCAUAUCAGGACGCAGGACGGGGAGACUGUACUGUAGGGUCGGCAUCGGUUUCCACCUUCAGAUUCAUCCCGAUGGCAGAGUAAACGGGAGCCACGAGCCCAAUCAGUUGAGUGUACUGGAGAUCUUCGCAAUCUCUCAAGGUGUUGUCGGGAUCCGAGGAGUUUACAGCAACAGAUUUUUGGCCAUGAACAAGAGAGGACGUCUACUUGCCACUGAGACGUUCACAGAAGACUGCAAAUUCCGGGAGCGUUUCCAAGAGAACAGCUACAACACGUACGCGUCGGUGGCCCACGGAGGGCGCCGGUCGGGACGGCAGUGGUACGUGGCACUUAACAAGCGCGGCAAGGCCAAGAUGGGCUCCAGCCCGCGGGUCAAGGCACAGCACGUGUCCACUCACUUCCUGCCGCGCUUCUCGCUUCACGAGAGGAUCCAGCAUGGGUUCACCAUCACUGAGCGUGGCCAGGAGACCAAAACUCCACCACACCGGGACUCACCUAAAGCUCCUGCACCAAAGACAUCUAUCGGUACUGGACAGAGGCAGACCCAGCCUGUUAAAUACUGGCCCAAGUACCGGUUUGGGUGAAACACACUACGUUCUAAAGCAGGACUAAGGCCGGGGACAGGACAGAAAGAGGUGUUGUGGACUUCAGGUGCCACAGAGAAGCAGAUUCCUGUUUGGGAAGUUUCUGGACGAGUCACGUUCAGAGCUUGUGAAGCAUUCCGACCGUUACUUAAGUGUCAACCAA